ACCACAGCAGAGAGACCAAGCAGAGGCUGAAGAUACAAAGAGAGACAGAGACAGAGACGGAGACGCAAUGAUGAAGAGCUACCAGUCGAAACUGCUCUUGGUCAGCGUUGUUCUAAUGACCAUUGUCCACCUGAGCAAGUGUCGUUCCCUGCUGACAGUUGAUCAACAGCACAACUCCCUCACAGCUGAAAAUGAUGUGGAUGCAGACGGCGUGGACACUGUGCUGCUGAGGCAGAAGAGGAUGUCACACCUUUCCAUCUGCGUCUUCUGCUGUAACUGCUGUCAAAAACAGUUAAAGAAUAGAACCUGCGGUUUAUGCUGCCGGCUGUAGUCACAGCUCUGGGAGAUGCUCAGGCCACCAAUCGCAACCUUGGCCGUCCUUAUUUAUAGUUUUCCAGCCACUGAACACCGCACACCCACCUCGGUUGCUGAGGGCCAAGGGUCCACGCUGUGCACAGAACAGUCCACACAGUCCUUUCCUCCCAGUAAUGGCUCCACACCAGCCUCCUCUCCAACACCCUUAUUUCUGUCUUUGUUUUAUUUAGCGAUAUAGUAUGGUAACAGGCCCUUCCAGCCCAAUGAGCCCACGCUUCCCAAUUACACCCAUGUGACCUACUAACCCGCACAUCUUUGGAUUGUGGGAGGAAACCGGAGCACCCAGAGGAAACCCACACGAGAACAUACAAACUCCUUAAAGACAGUGGCUGGAAUUGAACCCUGAUCACUGGUGCUGUAAUAGUGUUAAGCUAACAGCUACUCCUCCAUGCUCUCCCAUCCAUCUCUCCAACAUCCCUGGAAACACUCUUGGAGAAGCGGCUGCAGCAACCCAUUUAAUCUUCCCGACCCACACCUGUGAUCAGGCAGCUCGCAGUUUGUACUGCCUGCGAGUGGCUGUGUGCACCAGUGGCACGUUCCUCAGGUAUGCACUUCUGUCAGCGCACAGGCAGCCGGGUGUGCCAUUUAAGCCAGCAAUGUCCUGUCCGGACAUAUAUGUAUACAUGUACAUCCACACACUUGUCCGGCUGUGUAUGCAGUCAUAGUGUGUCUGUGUGUGUUUGUGAUUGCACGCAUCACUUGCAUCUACACACACUCAGGACUCUGUACAGACCGAAUCUAAGACUGAUGUCACUGAAACAAAUGUCGGCUCAACAUAAGUUCCAGCCAUGGGAGAGACCACUCCCUGCCCACAGUUUUCUCUGGGAACAAUUCGUAAAUAUUGUGUUUUUAAAAUGUAUAUAAAUAAAACCCACUUUCAUCUUUACAAUGUCUCUGACUCUGU